AUGAGAGGUCGCUUUCAUAUUCUGAAGAUUAAAAGUCAGGUAAGAAAGAGACAAGUAUGUUUAAUAAUUGUAUACUAAUGUAUAUCUGUCUGCAUAUUUCAGAUCAGGCAAUACACAAUAACACAAAUUCCACGCGGUACCUGCGUAAUUAUCAACAAUGUACAUUUUGCAAGCAUGAGUGAAAGGAUUGGAUCAGAUGAGGAUCAAAAGUCUCUUGACAGAGUUUUCAGCUGGCUGGGGUUUACGGUGUUGGUACACAAAGAUAAAACCGCAGCACAAAUGAAGGAUCUCCUGAAGGACCUGGGCAGGACAGUGAAUGGUGACUGCUUCGUAUGCUGCAUCCUCAGCCACGGCAGCAGUGAUGGAGUCUAUGGAACCGACGGGAACAUUGUUUCUGUUGAUGAAAUACGUGAUCCUUUCAAUGGCAGUAACUGUAGGAACCUAGCUGGCAAACCCAAACUGUUUUUUAUACAAGCUUGUCGUGGAAAGAAAUACCAAAAUGUUGUUCAAGUCCAAGCAGAUGAUCCAGAAGGAGACGAGUCAGAGCUGGAGGUGGAUGCUGACAGAAUGGAAGUCUUAAUCCCAGCUGACUCGGAUUUCCUCAUUGCCAGAUCAACUAUUGACCAUUACUACUCUUUCAGAAACAUAAUGAAAGGCUCCUGGUUUAUUCAGUCUCUGUGCAAGCAGCUAGAGACACUUUGUCCACAGGGAACUGACAUCCAGACAAUACUGCUCGCAGUGAAUUAUGAUGUCAGCCUUGAGGGUGUUACCAGGAAACAGAUGUCUGUCCAUGAAGUUGCCAUGAGGAUGAAACUGAUUCUUCAUGUCCCCAAAGUCCAGCAAUCAAAACAGGAACCAUUCAAGAAAAGCAUUCGUCAAAAUAAGCGUUUUCUUAUUGAUACUUUACAAGAAGAUGCCGACUUCAUCUUGCAGCAUGUCCAACAAGAUGAACUCAUCACUGACCGUGAGUACCGCCUCUUAAAAGAUGAUCAGCAAAGAAAAGGGCGAGAGGAUGUGGUCAUCACCUUACUUGAUAAACUUAUGGGCAAGGGGGAGGAAACCUGCAAAAAAUUCAUAAAGCUUUUGGAACGGGAUGAGUUAUUGGAGACUUUUCCAAAUGUGAAGAAUCACUCUAUUCUUGCUACAGACAACCCAGUUACAGAUAACUCAAAGCUCAGCAUUGAUCUUCAAAAGAACCUUCAAAAAUUGGCCUGCAGCUCAGAGAAAUUCAAGAAAGGGCACAGAAACCAGGAACAGGGUCAUGAGGACGACUACUAUCCCGUGACCCAGCGGCCUUUAGGAUACUGUCUAAUCUUCAACAACCUAAAUUAUCAUCAACUGGGCUUAAGUAACAGGACUGGCACAGAUAAAGAUAGAGAUGAUCUUACCAGAUUGUUUCUCAAAAUGCAUUUUUGGGUUGAGGUGCGAAACGACUUGCAAGGUCCGGAUAUGUUGAAUGUGAUCAAAGAGUUUGCAGAGAAAGAUCACUCUAGAAUGGAUGUUUUCGUCUGCUGCAUUCUCUCCCAUGGGGCAAUCGGCACUGUGAUGGGCACAGACGGCCAGUGCAUCCUAAUCCGGGAUCUUAUAUUGCCUUUUGCUGAAAGCCGCACACUUGCAAAUAAGCCUAAGCUUUUUUUCAUUCAGGCCUCCCAAGGUACAAAUAGGAACAUAGGAGUGUUUUUGAAGAACAUACAGGAGACUAAUAAAAAUGAUGCUCAAAUGGAUGUUUCUAGUAUUCCUCUAGAAGCAGAUUUUUUAAUUGGAAUGUCCACUGCUGCGCAUUGUGUGUCAGUGCGGAACAUCGUAGAAGGGUCCAUCUAUAUUCAAGAGCUCUGCAAACAGCUGGAAGAAUGCUGUUCCAGAAAAGAGGAUAUCUUGUCCAUUCUGACAAAGGUGAACCGUAAAGUGAGCACGACAAAUCUGAUGGGUCAUAAGCAAAUACCUGAACCUCGGUAUACCUUAACCAGGAAACUGGUACUCCCCUGGACUGAAGCUUUGGAUCACUAAAAUAACAUUGCAUCUUUCUACGUUCACACUUUGUAAUUCAUGGGAUGGUCUGAGCACUUUGAUACUACAAAAGAAUGUUGAACUACAAGUUACAAGCACCAUGAUGAUAUUUUAGUUCACUGGACACUUUUUACUUUGGCCUCACAGAGAACAUCACCCUUUUGUUUGUGUCCUCCUACUUUUGAUAAUAACACUGCUGCAAUAAGGGACCAAAGUAUAGCAAUCUUGUGUCAUGAAAAUGUUCAUGAAUUGAACAGAUGUUGCUAAAAUAAAUAUGAAUGCUGUUAAUAAAGCAAGA